AUGGCAGCCGCAUCUAAGCAAUAUGGAGAUGAAAGGCAACUGCCAAGGAGACUUAAUGAGAUGAAAAGGCUAGUCCAAGCCUAUUUAGUGGAAGCUAAAUGGUUCAACAAAAAUUACACACCAACAGUAGAUGAGUACAUGAGCAUUGCUCUAUUAUCUUGUGGUUAUCCUUUGCUUACAAUCACAGCAUUUGUUGGAGUGGGAGACAUUGCGACAACGGAGGCCUUUGAUUGGGCUUCUAAAGAUCCUAAGAUUCUUCGAGCUGCAUCGAUGAUUUGUAGACUCAUGGAUGACAUUGUUUCGCAUGAGGACAUAAAUGAGGAGUGCCUUAGACCAUCUAAUGUACUAAUGCCUUUAUUUAUACGUGUGAUUAAUUUGGCACGUGUUAUUGAUUACUUUUAUACAGAUGGAGAUGAGUAUACUCAUGUGGGAGAAUUGAUGAAAAGUUCUAUCAAGUCUAUGCUUAUUGAUUAUGUGAAGAUACUGUAA